GGUCCACUUUCCUCGCAUAUGGUUGAAGAGUGAUCAACCAAUCACAACAUGGAACAUAUAUAUGCUAAUUAGGUAUCGCAGCGGUGUGUAAUCGUUGAAUGUGCCAGAAUUUCCGUGCAGUUUUACCUCCAUUUUGGGCCGAUCUGCGGCUUUUAGCAAUCGGACCUGCACAGAAUUCCUCAAGAGGAACAAGAGGAGGAACCUGGGAGCGUUGUGGAUGUGCAAACGGGAGCGAUAAAGACUAUCUGAUGGUGAGGCCGCCCAGAAGGCUGGAACUGAGAAAGUAUUGAUGUUUUACUGACGACAUCGUACAAGAGAACAGCUGCUUUGACAUCACAACAUCUGCAGUUGCAAUCAAGGUUUGUAAUGCUGUGACCAGCAACCAAAAUGGCGCAAGUGGGAGGAGGAUUUGGAGGCCAAGGCCAGUGGGCCAUCACAGUUGAGGAGAGGGCCAAGCAUGAUGCACAAUUCUAUGGACUCAAACCUGUCAAUGGUUUCAUCACAGGUGGUCAAGCCAAGGAUUUCUUCUUGCAGUCCCAGCUUCCACCCCCAGUGUUGGCCCAAAUAUGGAGCCUAGCUGACAUGAACCAGGAUGGUCGGAUGGACAAACAUGAAUUCUCCAUCGCCAUGAAACUCAUCCAGAUGAAGCUGAAAGGUUUCGAGCUCCCCAAAGUUCUUCCGGCCAGCCUGAAAGGACCCCCCACCCCAGUCAUGGGGUCAUUCCCAUCCCAAGCCAUGAGCAUACCAACCUCACAGCCAGUCUCCCAGGGCAUGGUGGGAUACGGCACCCUGCCGCCACCUGUAGCCAAUGGCGGCAUGGGCAUGAUGAGGUCAAUGACCCCUGGUCCAACCAUGAGUGGGAGCCAGACACUUCCCAAGUCAGCCAUGCCGCUCCAGCGCUCUUCCUCGUUUGGAUCACAGGAGUUGUCGACAUCGCCGACUCGCGGGCGGGCAGGGUCCUUCACGGCGGACUGGGCCAUACCCACGCAGUCCAAACUCAAGUACAACCAGUUCUUCAACAGUCACGACAGAACAAGAUCUGGCUUCAUAACAGGUGCACAGGCCAAGAAUAUAUUGCUGCAGACUGGUUUACCACAAGGAGCACUGGCACAAAUUUGGCAACUAUCAGAUGUUGACAAUGACGGAAAGCUGACGCAGGAAGAGUUUGUCCUGGCCAUGCAUCUCACGGAUGUGGCGAAGGCUGGUCCUCUGCCGGGAACACUGCCUCCCGAGCUCGUUCCUCCGUCGUACCGCCGCGUACGCUCGGGCAGCCAGACAGAAGCCCAGUUUGCCUCGCUUGUCUCCCCGCGUGGGUGGGGGAGCCUGCGGUCCCCAGGUCCUACAGGAAUGAUGCAGCCCCCUGUGGGUAUAGGAGUGGCCCAGCUCAUCACACAGCCCAGUCUGGAUGGACAGUCAGGGGCAGGCAGUGAGGAUGAAGCAGACAAGAAACAGAUCCUUCCUGUGUCGUAUGAGGAUAAGAAAAGAGAGAACUUUGAGCUGGGCCAACAGAUUUUGGAACAAAAAAGACAAGCACUCCUGGAGCAAGAAAGGAAGGAAAAGGAAAGAAGAGUUGCAGAAGAAAGAGCAGAGCAUGAAAGAAGAGAGAGAGAAAGACUGGAGCAAGAGCGCAGAAGACAGAUGGAGAUAGAAAAACAGCUGGCCAAGCAGAGAGAGAUAGAGAUGGAAAGAGAAGAGCAGAGGAGGAAAGCUGAAGAACAGAGAGAGGCGGCCAAGCGAGAACUGGAGCGUCAGCGUCAGUUGGAGUUGGAACGUCAGAAGAAGCAGGCUCUCGAGAACCAGCGGAUUAAAUUACAGGAAGAAGUCUGCAAGAUCAAGGCUCACAGGAACAAAGUGGUGUAUGAGUGGCAGACUGUGACUGAAAAGAGAGACAAACUACAGAAGACCCUGGAGGAAUCAAACCGAGGUAUCUCAGAACACAAGGACGCCAUCAUGCAGCUUAGCCAGACCCUCAUCUCACGGACAUCCAAGGUGGAAACAAUGCAGCAUGAACUAGAGGAAUACAAGCAAAGACUAGAAGCCCUGAAGAGAGAAAAGGAAGAUCUGAAUAACAAGUUAAGCGGGACCAAAGCAGGAACAUCAAACAUAUUGGACUCCCAGGCCCAGGUAAGGUUCAGCUACAACAACAAACAGGUGCUGCUACAGAAGGAACGCAACGAGUGGGAGAAACUGGAGAAAGAUCUGAUGGAGAAGACAAAAGAACUGGAACAAACUCAAGGACUUCUUAAGCAAUUGAAAGAUGGGAUGGGAACAACAAACCGAGAGAUCCAGAGACUGCAGAUGAAGGGGCAACAGUACAAUGUGGAGGCAGCAGCCAAGGCACACAGGGAGGAGGAGGAGAAGAAGAAGAUGGAGGAGAUAGAACGUGCAAACCGCGCCGCUGAGGAGAUCAAGAGACUACGGGACCAAGAAGCCAAGACGUAAAUAAAGAUGCCUUUGCAGAAGACCCAUUCAAAAAUACAGAAGACCCUUUCAAAUCUGCCGAAGACCCCUUUCAAAGUACCGCAACAACGGAGGACCCGUUUAAAACGUCCGUUGUCGCCAAAAGAAGGUGGAGGGAAGCUGCUUCGGUACCAGGCUAUCUAUAACUUUGAGGCCAGGAAUGACGAUGAGAUGUCAUUGGAACGUGGAGACAUUGUCUUGAUCCCUGAAGUCCAGGAGGAUGCGGAGCCUGGCUGGUUAGGUGGUGAGUGUAAAGGGCGGACCGGCUGGUUCCCAGCAAACUAUGUGGAGAGACUCCCUUCUGAGGAUGGUGAUGUGGAGAGGCCACUCAGCCGCAUCUCUGAAGAUGUGGCCGAAGUGGAACCAGAAGACACAUCCAACCAGAUGACGAGUCUCGGGGUGUCUCAGCCUGAGGCAGAGGCACCCUCUCCAACUCCUGAUCAGGGACAAGCUGCACCUGAGGGUCUCCAAGCACAGGCCCUGUACCCUUGGAGAGCCAAGAAGGAGAAUCACCUCAGCUUCAACAAGAACGAUGUCAUCACAAUCAAGGAGCAAGCAGAAAUGUGGUGGUCAGGAGAGCUGGACGGCAAGGUGGGCUGGUUCCCAAAGUCCUAUGUCAAGCUGAUCUCUGCCCCUGCAAAGAAAGCUAGCCCUGGUUCACAAGCCUCCACCCCCCUGGGACAGGCACCAACCCCCCCACCUCAGGAGGCCAAACCCUCAGUACAGCCUGCAGGAACAGAAUGCAUUGCGUUGUAUACCUACACCUCUGCUGAGCCCGGAGACCUGACCUUCAUGGUGGGAGAGGUCAUCCUGGUCACCAAGCAGGAUGGAGACUGGUGGGAGGGCAGCGCGGGGGAGCGGUCAGGCAUCUUCCCCGCUAACUACGUCAGGGUGAAGGAGGAACAAGACAUUCCCACCAUUACGACUACGGGUGAUGAGCAAAAGGACAUGAUAGCACAGGACAUAACACAGGACGCAAUGGCAACUGAGGAUGAAUGGGAGAAAUUGAGAGAAAUGGAGGAGAUGGGUGUACCUUUUGAGGAGGUGACGCAACAACAGCCUCCUCUGCCAAAGCAACCCAUGCCCAUGGAAGACAAUAUUACCUCCACAAGAUCAACAAAGAGACCAGAGAUAGCCCAGGUUAUAGCUGCGUACCAGGCACAGGGAGAUGAACAACUGUCCCUGUCUCCUGGACAGUUCAUCAAGGUGAAGAAGAAGAGCGGAUCAGGAUGGUGGGAGGGUGAAUUACAGGCCCGUGGACAGAAGCGUCAGGUCGGCUGGUUCCCUGCCAACUAUGUGAAACUGCUGGGUGCUGGGGGAAGUGGGAAGUCCACCCCUACAGACUCCAUCAAGUCAGCCUCCCCCCUCACUGUGUCAACUACCCCCACCAUGUCUGCUGUGCAAGAAGAAAGUGUACCAAGUGCUACAACCUCAGCCUCACCUGCACCUGCACCGGCAGCAGCUACAAGUUUUGACGUGACAGCCAUGUACGACUACAACGCAGGCCAAGAUGAUGAGCUGUCCUUCAAGGCAGGCCAGACGAUAACUGUCAUAGCAAAGGAGGAUGCUGAUUGGUGGAAAGGCACAGUGGAGGGCCGAACUGGGCUGUUUCCAUCCAAUUACGUCCGUCCUCUCUCUGACAGCAGUCAGCAAUGGGCAGCUGAUCUGAAUGUGUUGGAGCCGAUGACACCAAUGGAGAGACAGCGACAGGGACAGAUUCACGAACUCAUCACCACAGAGCAGACAUACGUGGACGAUCUGGCUCUGGUCAUAGAGGUGUACAUGAAACCCAUGAGAGAAGAGGGUAUCCUGACCAAUCAGGAGCUCAACACUCUCUUCAUUAAUAUACAGGAGGUCAAGACCUGCAAUAGCAAGUUCAACAAGGCCCUUAGAGUUAGGAAAAAGAUGAGUGGAGAAGGGAAGGUGAUUCAUAUGAUUGGUGACAUCCUUUGUGAACAGUUGCCCCACAUGACGUCAUACAUCCGGUACUGUAGCUGUCAGCUGAACGCCAGCACAUUUCUACAGGACAAGCACCAGAACGAUCCUGAGUUCAAGGAGUUCUGUCGGAUAGGAACCCAGGACACCAGGACUAAAGGCAUGCCGCUCAGUAGUUUUCUCCUCAAACCCAUGCAGAGAGUCACCAAGUACCCACUCAUGCUCACCAAGAUCCUAAACAACACCCCCGAGACCCACCCCGACCAUGUGAACGUGAAGACGGCGCUGGAGCGUGCUGAGGAGCUCUGUACGCAGGUGAACGAGGGCGUACGGGAGCGGGAAAACUCGGACCGGCUGGAGUGGCUCCAGUCCCACGUCAACUGUGACGGUCUGCCUGAACAGCUCAUCUUCAACUCACUCACCAACUGUCUGGGACCCAGGAAGUUCCUCCACUCAGGAACACUCUUCAAGGUGAAAAGUAACAAGGAACUCCAGGCCUUCCUCUUCAAUGACUUCCUGCUCCUGACAACAUGUUCUAAAUCCAUCAGUGGAGCUCUGUUUAACAGUAAGGCUGACAUCACCUACAGAAUGUACAGACAGCCUAUCUUCCUCAAUGAAGUUAUAGUCAAGCUUCCCACAGACAAAGAAGAUGCAGAUGAGCCAGUAUUUUUCUUAAACCAUGUAGACAAGGUGUACCAGUUUAGGACAGAAAAGGCCAGUGAAAGAAACCAGUGGAUGAAGAUGUUGGAGUCAGCCUCCCAACAGUACAUAGAAACAGAGAGGAAGAAGAGAGAGAAGGCACAUCAAGCACGCCUGCUCCGCUCCACGGGAGUGGGACGGCUGCUCGUAGUCAUACAGGAGGGACACCGCCUGCAACCCUGCAACUCUAAUGGCCGUAGUGACCCUUAUUGCGAGGUGAGCAUGGGAGUGCAGGAGCACAAGACCAAGGUAAUCCCGGGCACCCUGAACCCCAAGUGGAACUCCUCCAUGCAGUUCUUUGUGUACGACAUCGAGCAGGACGUGCUGUGUAUCACUGUGUUUGACAGGGACUUCUUCUCACCAAACGACUUCCUUGGCAGGACGGAGAUCCGUGUUGCAGACAUCUUGAAGGAGCGACAGGAGGGGAAGGGACCGCUGGUCAAGAAACUGGUGCUUCACGAGGUCCCUACAGGGGAGGUACAGGUCAAACUGGACCUGCAGCUGUAUGACAGGAGCAAGUAACCAAGUUACAAACUUUCAAGGUGAAGUGCAUGGAUCAAAAGUGACCUCUAGCAGUUCAAUGAAGGACUGCAGCAUCGUAAUAGACCUGCAGCUGUAUGACAGG